AUGUAUAGCUAGACUUAUGGAAAACAAUAAGCCACUAAGACUGCCAAAUUGAAAUUCUUCUGUCAAAUGUGUAGAAAAUAAUGCUAUGAUGAGAAUGGAUUUCGUUGUCAUCUAAAUUCAGGUCAUCACAUGAAAAUGAUGAGAUUAUACAAUGAAGAUCCUGAUUUUUAUAUUGAAUAGUUUAGUUAAGAAUUUGAAACAGCCUUUAUGGAGAUAUUAAAGGAAAAAUACAAAGAUUAAAAGAUUGGCUCAAAUAAAGUUUAUGAAGAAAUGAUUAGAAAAGUAGAUCAUGUGCAUUUAAAUGGCACUAAAUGGACUAAAUUGACUGAUUUCAUUUAAUAUUUGAUUGCAAACAACAAAAUUGGUUUUGAUCAUUCACCAGGAGAUAUUGUUAUUUGGAAUCUCAAUUUGAAUCCAGAGAAAAUUAAAUACGAUAAAGUAGAAACAAAAAAAGUUAAACUAGUUGAAAAGUAAAAUGCUCUCAUUGAUAAAUCACUUGAAAAGCAAAUCAUAAAGGGUUAAUAGUUAAAUGAAUAAGAGAAUAAUAAUCAAAAUGAAUAGGAGGAUUAGAGAUAGCCAGGUUAAGAAAAUAAUACUAAUUAAGUUCAAUCCUCUUCACAAGAUUAAUUCAUAUCCUUUGGUAUCAAUUUCAGCCAAGGAGUUAAGAAAGAUAGCCAAGUUGUUUUAGAUGUUGAAACUUAAGGAAAUAAGUAGUGGAUAGAAGAGAGUCUCCUAAAAUAAUAAGGUUCAAAUGAAAACAUGGAGAAACUAUAUCAAAAUAUCAAAUAUAAAAACAAUUAAAAUGCAUUAAGCUAACCUCAAUAAGCAUAAACUCAAUAAUAGGUUGCUGAUGAUUCCCCAUGGAUUAAAGAAAAUAUUGUUGUUAAAAUUAUCGAUUAACAGUUAAACAAGGGAAAAUAUUAUGGGAAAAAAGGAGUUGUUAAAAGAGUCAUUGAUUAAUUUGGAGGGUUGGUUGAAAUUUAAAAUAGUACAAAAGAAAAAGUAAUUAUCGAUUAAAAAUUCCUUGAAACAGUCGUUCCUAAAAUUGGAAAUUAGGUAAUGAUUUUGAAAGAAGGAGACCAUUGUGGGAAGGUGGGAAAACUUGAGAGUAUCCACUAAGACAAUUAUAGUGGUAGUAUAUAUUUAGAAAAUGAAGAUAUUCUUUUGGAAAUUCCAUUCGAUUUAUUUAGUAAGGUUAAUUGUGAUUGA